AUGGACGGGCAAGAUCGACGCGGGGGACCUGACCUAGAACCUCACCAAAGCCCAGGAGACCCCUCCCUCGGCAGCGCCUCGCCGAGCACCACCGCCAUGGCCGCCUCGUCCUCCCUCCUCGCCGCCGGCGACAGCGCGCACCGGCGGCAGUGGCGGUACACGUGGGAGACCCUGGCGCACCUCCCCCUCCUGCGUCUCUACCUCUCCCACCCGGCCCUCUCCGCCGCGGCGCCCUCCGGCCUCCGCGCCGACCUCCGCCUCGAGGCCGACCUCCGCCUCGAGGCCGACCUCCUCCUCCUCUCCUUCUCCCUUGCGUCGGACCCCGUAUCGCUCAGGGUCCCCGUGCCGAGGGUGCUCGUGGACCCCUCCGCCCCGCCCGAGUGCCGCGCCGCGGGGGACCACCUCGAGGUCCGCCUCACCCUCGUCCUCCCCGUCGACCAUCCCGUCGUCGCCGCCGCCUUCCCCGGCGCCGGCCCUCCCGCGCCCCUCUCCCUCCGCGAUGAUUUGAAGUCUCUAUCUUCUGGAGAUGUCUAUUUGUACUGCAAAACAUGCUCAGCAAGAUUGACAAAACAGCCACUAAGGGACGUUGUGGAAAUGCCAUCUUUAAAUUGGGAGGAUGUGGCUGACAAUUGGUUUGGUGGAUGUUGCACAUCAUUCGGAGGGGCAAGUGAGAAGUUAAUAUCACACUAUAUCAAUGCAUACGGUCGCCUGCAGAGAACAACUCUACUAGAUGCUACCUCCAUUAUUAUAGAGAAGGAUUAUCUUGAGACUGAUAUAGUGUCGAGAGUAGAUACUUCAGUGCCCAGUGUUGAUUUUGUUGCACUAGAAGAAGCUAUGUUUAAUGUUACUCUAGAAAGCGAUCAUACUGCCGAGAAGAUAAAAUUGAAUAAUUCAGAAGAGGAGGUAUGCCAUGAAAAGAAAAUUGGUUCUAAUCACUUGCAACCUCCAGUUCUUUUGGAAGAGGGUCCUUGUAUUGAUAAUACUGAAAAAAAUGGAGGCACUCCUUGGACUGAUCAGUGUGGUACUAUCCAGCUGAAUAAUGGUGGCGAUGUGAAUUCUGAGAAGUCUACAAGUGACUGUUUUAUUGAAAACAUGGAGCAAACUUCUCAAGAGGCUGAUUCGAAUCUGGUAGAUCCAUGCAGUUGCUGCGGUGACAAUGGAGAUAGUGGAAAAGCUGGAUUGGAGAACCAAAGAGAUUACAAGUUAACAAAAAGUAUCUCUCUUGGAAGUAGCUUUAUCGUUAAAGAAUCAAACCUUGUGAAAGAUGUUAACUGGGUUGAGCUUCUAUGUUCUCAUUGCUCGUCAUCUCUUGGAUCAUACCCAUCGCAAUAUUCAGAUGCUCCAUCAGAUGGACGGGUACGGCUGUUCAAAUGUUACACAUCCUCAGACCUUCCUGUUGGGGGUCCUCAUGAUGUGUUCAGGGGACACACAUUGGAAAAACUAUUUGUUAAUUUGUUGCUUGAAAUUGCUGAAGAUGAAAUAUCUUUUCGUACAAUAGUGAGAGAUUUGAAAACCAAAAGGCCCAUGCUGCAAAUAGUCCUCCUUAGUUCAAAAGCAUGGAUGUUUUCUGGUUACUGCUAUGAAAAUGAAAUGGAUGGUUCACAUGUGACAGCACAUCUGCAGCCUACUGUUAAGCUCCUGUAUUCUAACUGCAGUAGUGCCUCAGAAACAGACUUAAGGACAGUAGAGGAGUGGUCAUCCAAAUAUCGGGCUGAACAGUUAUACAUGAUGGCCGGGCAGAUAAAUGAACUUACUGAAUGCCUUAGCUCAGCCAAGGAUGAGUUCCCUCUUUCUUGCUCGUCUCUUGAAGGAAUGUGUCUUUCGUCUCUGGAGCGUUGA